AUGCGGCCGCAGUCCUAUAUAAACCUAGUCUAUCCCAGUGGUAUGUCCUCAGUCUACGAGUUCCAUACUCGGUCGGGCUACCCAGCAGGGACCAUUGGCAGUGAGCUCAUGGCAGUAGUUGUGCCACCGGCAGAUAAACCCGGCAAGAGUCGUUUAGUGCCCUGGGACAGACUGCUGGAUCUCAACACUAUCCAAAAUGGGGUGUUCAAAGAAGCCCUCGCGAAAACUGUCCUCCAGGUUUCAGAAUUUCGCAUGGAUUUCGUUGGAUUUUAUUGUCUGUUCAGGCGAGUCCUGCGGAUGCAGCACGACAAAGUUUACAAAAAAAUCAUAGAAGAGGAUCCGCGGGGCAUUUGUCCCAGAGUUUGUUCUCGUCGUGCUACUGCCCUUGAUGACGAGGUCAAUGUGACCAACAAAGAUCCAAUGACUGGCAAAACUACCGUGUUACUGCGGUCCAAAGUAGGGCGACCAGAGAAGCGUACCGAGCAGUGUCUUUCCAUCCCUGGUCUGCCUACAGUACUGAGUGGCAAAUGUUCAAGACGCAACGGUAAGUUCCAAAAUGACUGA